GAGGAGAGGGCAGCAGCAGUUGUGGUGGCGGCCGUGGUCAUGAGAACACCAAGAUGCGCGUCCUCGGUGCCUCUCUCUUAGUUGGCUCUCUCUUUACUCUAGCAACUGCUCUUAAUACUAUUCUCAAUGUGGAAGAGAUUAAUUCAAUCCACUAUGCUAUCGAUAUACUGAACAAGCCCGUGGUGAAAGACCAGGUAUGGGAUGGAGAAGUGAUGACGGUUAAGAACAAGCAUGGACAGGAAUAUAUAUGUUCUUUGCCUAGUGUUGCUCCUCUAGAUUCUGACUUCAAACCAGAUGAUGAUAUACUCGAUCAGCUGGUGGAUAUUUCUGUUCUUUUGAAGCCCAUGGAAACGGCUCCAUGUCUUAUUAAAACUGUCGACUGGUGGACGUACGAGUUUUGUUAUGGUUCAGUUAUCAAGCAGUAUCACUUAGAAGACAAUAAAGCCUCUGGACCUAUAAUUAUUCUGGGUAAAUAUGAAUCUGAAUAUAAUUGGAAGAAUAGCUCCGAGACCAAGAACCGUCUCCAGAGGUUUCAUAGUCAAUUUUAUGUGAAUGGGACAAAAUGUGAUCUCACUGGAGAGCCUAGACGUACAGAAGUUCGAUUUCAUUGUGAGGAUGGAGUAGGUGAUUACAUUCAGAGAGUUGAUGAACCGGAGUCUUGUCGGUAUGUAGUUACUGUAGCGACUACUCGUGUUUGCCACCAUCCGUACCUGCGACUCCAGAUUGUACGAACGCCCCACACCAUCUCUUGUGCUCCAGCUCUGACGCAGGAACAAUAUCAUAGAUAUCUUGCCUACCAGGACAAAAAGGUUAAAGAGGAGCAGAGCUUGAAAGAGAAAUGGCUAAAACAAAAUGAAGAAAUUCUUAAAGAGGCAGAAUCUGAGGAGAACCAAUCUGUUCUCCAGCCAAUUAAUACCGGCUUGGAUGAUGAGGAUGAUGAUGAUGAUGAACUCAAAAUGAACAUAAAAAUUUUCCGGCUCUCUCCUGUCAAAAAACAAAAACUUCAGCAACUGACAGAAGCUAAAGAAGAUGUAAUGGAAGUAGAAACGGAAAUAACACUUGAAGAAAGUGAUUCUCACUUAGCUGAAGAAAUCAAAUUAUCAACUGAUGAGAUACCAAAUACUGGAGACAAUGCACAAGAAUAUGAUGAGAUUACCAGCAGUGAAAGUGAGAAAAAUACAAAGAUUUUAAAGGAAAAUAUUGCUAAAGUAAAUGAAGAGGAUGAGGAAAGUUUUGUCUCAGACUUGCAAUCCCAGGAGCUUUUGCAGCUUUUGGAUGAAAAUGAAGAUUAUUCAGACUUACCUGAUGAAACUUCCAUGCAUGAAGACAGUAUUGAUAUUGAUCAUGAGUCUGGAGAAUCAUAUCUAUUAGAAGAAGAUGAAUUAGAAGAUGACACUGAUGAUGAUGAUGAUGAUGCAGAUGAAACAGAGGCAGGAAGACAAGCAUCAAAGUCAACAAAGAGGGAUCAUUUUUCAAAGCUUCAGCGACGACUAAAGCAACUUGGGAAAAUGUUUAUGAAUCAGGAAGCAAAUAGUGACAGAGGAGGAGAUAAGGGUAAAAUUGAAGAGCUUCAACAAAUGGUUGACACUAUCAAAGAUGGACAUAUUAAGCAGUUGGAACAUGAGGUUAGGGAAUGGACGAAGAAGCUUCGAAGUAAGGAUAUGCUUCUUGGUAUGGUUGAAGAAGAUCUGGAGGUGGAGGAGCAAAGAUUAGGGUCAGCACUUUCAUCACUGAUGGAGGCUCUAGAUGAGGCUGAAAACAAGUUGUCUACAGCUAAGAAGGAGAUGGAAACAUUAGAAGAAUUUCUUGAUAGUCAGCUUAAAGAAAUGGAAAGCUCGACAAGCGAGAAUAUCCAAAGGUUUGCUGUAGAGGAGUCCACCCACCAAGAUGGGGUAGACAGAAACUCACAGGACCCCAUAGAAGGGAUGUCCCAGGCCUCUCAUAUUCCACAGGAUCCUUUAGAAGAAAGCAGUUCAAAACAGUUUAAGAAAAAUACUGAAAAGGGAAGUGGCAUGAGUCGACAAUUGCGUAUUGUGAAAAACAAAAUGGAGGAUGAAUCUCAGAAGACCAAAUUGGAGCAAACAAUUAAGGAUCGCCUUCAAAAAUUAGGUUUGGAGAAAAUAGGCAGAAAAUUUGAAGUGAAAAUUUUAACUCCAAAUUCUCUUGAAGAUGAAGAUACAAAUAACCCUUUGCUGUCCCAAGAAGAAACUGAAGCUUUCCAGAAUAUGAUUGUUAAUCUUUUGAGUGCAAAUGCAGAAGAGUUGGAAGAAAGAGAAAACCACAGAAAGUUGGAAAAGAACUAUGGUUUUAAAUGGGAUGAUAGUCAAUUUGCAGAGGAUGAAGAUGAGUAACACUUGUUACUUGUUUUGUCAUGAGGUUGGAUUAUGGAUUAAGAUAACAAGUAUCAACCCCUAAAUGAUUGAUAUUGAGGAAUGACAAUCCAAUAUUUCAACUGGUAUUGGUAAUGAUCUGCAUUGUUUUGAUAUGAGUCUCAGAAUACCAUGAGUUAAAAUGUUUAAUUUAACAUGCUGUACAUGUACUGGCAAUUAGCUUCCAAAUUAAGUAUUUCUUAAUUUUGAAUUAAAAUUUCAUAAAUGAAUACCAAAUACAGUAUAAUAUAACCUUCAUUCUCUAUUUGUUUUUUGUGCAUAUGAUUUUACCUGGCAUGUAUAAUGUCUUCAGUUUUAAUUAAAAAAAUGGUUAAUCCUCUUUCAGAACACGGUAAUGGUUAAAGGCUAAAUUGUGCUUAAUUAAUUUUGUCAACUUUAAAGAAUAGGUACAUAUUUCAGAAUAUUAAUUGCCAUAUUUAAUACAAAUUCAUGGACACAUGAAUGUUUACAAUAUACAAUGGCCAAAACCUUGUACAGAAAGAAAAUAAUACUAACUUCUACUGCUAUUCUCUGUUAAUCACCAUAAUCACAAUACGGUGAUUAUAUACGAGGUUAACUGUAUUUACAUUAACCAACUUGUGUGUAUGUUUUUGGUAUUUCAUUACAAGUACAUUAAUUCCUUGAAAUUUUAAUACGAAAAUUUUUAAUUUUGUCUAAUGUGUGGAUUUUCUUUCAUAUAUAUAAAAUUUAUUCAGUACAGUAUUGUAUUCAGUUUUUUAUACAAUCAUGCACUUUCCUGAGUUUGCCAUUAAGGGGGCAGCCUCUAAUUAUUUUCAUCUUGAAAAAUACAGUACCAAGAUGACCAAAUUAUACAGUUCACAGAUAUUUCAAGAAUGAAAUUAUUGGUUGUAAAUAUUUAUCUGCAUUAUUUCUUGUAUAACAGGAGCAUAUCAUUUGAUAUUAUUGCGUAGUUCCAACAGUGGACAAGUACCUGUAUAGUUUUGCAUGGGAUGAAUCAUUAUGCAUGCCACAUUUUAUUUAUAAUUCAGGGGUUUCAUUACCUUGAAGUUAUCAACAGAUGAGAAAUUAUCACAUAGUAAUUUAAUGUGAAAUGUGGUAGUAACAUAGCAAAAGGGUUAUUUUUUGGCAUUUUAUUAUUGUGUACAUUAUGUGUGUGAUAAUAUACUGUGUAUAUAUAAACUCAAACAAUUAGUCAUUGUGAUCUCGGUGACUGCUAAUAUUUGAGAAGGGACAUUGAUUUAGCCUUGUAAAGUGCAAUUUAAAAAUUUGAUUUUCCUAUGCUGUAAUGAACUUGUGUUAUAUUUUAAUAUAAUGUCUUCUGUUAUAUACUAGGGCUCCAUGUAUAUUCUUCAUUAGGGAUUGUUUCUUUUCUGUAUAUCUUUUCUUUAAUUAUCAUCUAUUUUAUUAACGCAACUUUCAGCAAGAGUGAGCAUAUUACUAUGACUAGUUAACUGUAUGACAUGUUAAUAAAGAUUUAUUGGAACGAUAUGGUAAUGAGAGGGAGAUCACAUAUGUAGUAUAAGAUAUUUUAGGAAUUACCUUAUUUGAAGAUUUAAGGCAAUCUUAUAUAUUGGUUAUGAUUUUAUGUUGUUGUUAUUGUUAUUAUUAUUAUUAUUAUUAUUAUUAUUAUUAUUAUUAUUAUUAUUAUGAUAAGUAAUUCAAUGUUUCCUACGUUUGUUUGGCUUAAGUGUACUAGUUAAACACACUUUGUUAGUCUUUCACCUUCACUUUGGGGCCUUGUAUACCUUUGAAAUUAAAUUAGCGUUUUAUGCUAUAGCAUGAAUCAGUGGGUUCUACACAAGCGUACAGUAUAGAGGAAGGAAUUAUAUGACCUGAUGAUGAACGGGUUUAUUUGCUUUGUUUACUUUUAUUAUACAGUAUAGCGAAUUUUUUUUUCAUAUUUUAUGAGUUGGAAGAUCGUCAGUACUGCACUUCAAGAUUUGCAUAUGACUUUAUAAAUAAAUUGUUCAAGGCAAGCUUCUGUGCCUGACACCGAGUAAAGUAUAAAAAGCUA